AGGUCCGUUUGGUUUGGUACCUAUACAGUCCACCACCAGUCGCUCUGCCCUGUUUUUUGUCAUAAAAACGGGCGUUCCAUUUAGGAUUUAUCGAAUCUCACUACAGUUGUGAAUCCUGCCAUAAGAAGAUACUGAAGUGAGCUGUAUCGGUGUGGGGACAGCAUCAACGGAUUCCAAUGCCUUCCAGGCACCAGUCUAAGAUGGGGAAUUGAAGAGGCCCCUACCAGGAACAUCACCCUCAGCAGUUCCCAGUCCUGCCCACUGUCUGUGGACUGAGUCGACAGCAUGAAGGGGCUCUCCAACAGUCGCAGCCACCACCAUGUGGUAACCUGUGAACCUGGUUCGUACGAUGCCCUGGGCCACGGUCCCCACCCCGACCGCAAGCCCUACCUGAUCAACCCGAUGGACGUGCCCAUGUCGCACCUGUCCGACCACCCCUACUACGCCCAGGUCCAGAACCAGAUCCAGCAGAGCCAGAAGAACCACGCGGCCUUCCCCUCCGACAGCAGUGUGGUGCCGUACGGGACCUUCCCCAGACGACACUACAGCGGCUCGCACCAGGAACUGAAGGAUCGGACGGGGAUUGACGACUGCGCUGCUGUGGUGCCCUACGGCAACGCGGUCCCCAAAAAGGGGGUCAACGUCCGCCUGCCCGUCAACCUGCUGGACCAGUUUGAACGGCAGCCGUCGUUCGCCCGGGACGGCUACCACACUCUGCAGUACAAGAGGACGGCUCUGGAGCAGCGCAGUGACAGCCCCGGGCGCAUCCGCCACCUGGUCCACUCGGUCCAGAAACUCUUCGCCAAGUCCCACUCCCUGGAGGGGCCGCACACGCACUCCAAGCAGGGCAGCAUCAAUGGCAGCAGGAACAGCCCAGAGAGCGAGACGCCGCCCACGCAGAAGCACCGCAAACGCAGCAAGAGCAGGGAGCGCUGCAAGUCGGCCGAGCCCAAGCACCGAAGCCCCACCUCGGGUUACUGGAGCUCAGACGACAUACUGGAGGACUCGGACGUCUGCCACGGCCACAGUCUUUUCCACAGCCCCGCCGGGGUGAUGACCAUGGGCCGUCACCCGGACAAGUACCCGGACAAGUCCCAGUCGCAGUACUUCAUGGAGACCUUCAACACCCUCAGCGAGCACGCCCUGAAAACAUCGCGCAGCAACAACGACCUAGUAAAGCACAACUGCGUGCCGUCCCAUAUUCCCAUAAGCAUCGACGGCCAGCUCAUGAAGAAGAGCUCGUGGUCGUCCAGUCUCACGGUGAGCAGGGCUCGCCAAGUCUACCAGAAGGCUUCAGUAAACUUAGAUCAGAAAGGGCUUUUGAAAUCUGAGGCUUGUCAGCAGGAGCGCUCAUGCCAGUUCUUGCAGGUGCCCCAGGACGAGUGGAGUGGCUUCUCGCCAUUGGGUGGGAAGGAGGACGACAUUCCGUGUCGACGCAUGCGGAGCGGGAGCUACGUAAAGGCUAUGGCCGAGGAGGAGGACAGCGGGGACUCUGAGGGAAGUCCUAAGCCUUCGCCAAAGAUCCAGGCCCAAGGUCGACGGGCUAGCUAUCUCAAAGCAACUCAGCCAUCAUUAACCGAAAUGACCACUUUAAAGAUCUCCAACGAGCACUCCCCGAAGCUGCAGAUCCGGAGCCACAGCUACCUUCGGGCGGUGAGUGAAGUUUCGAUCAAUAGGAGCCUGGACACCCUGGAUCCCAAAGGGCUCCUGGACCCCAAAGCGCUGCUCUCCUCACCCCAAUACCGCUCACGAAACGAAAGCUACAUGAGGGCUAUGAGCACCAUCAGCCAGGUGAGUGAGGUGGAGGUGAACGGGCAGAUAGAGCAGGUGUGUGAGCAGGUUUUCAGCAAGAUGGAAUCGCAGGCCAUGGAUGCUUUGGACCUGCCCAUGCCGGGCUGCUUCCGCAUGCGUAGCCACAGCUAUGUGAGGGCUAUGGACCAGGGCUGCUCAGAGGAUGAGGGGACGUCAUUGCUGCCCGCUUCCCCCCCCAGGACAACCACCACCACUGUCAGGACCAUCCAGAGCAGCACCGUGUCGUCGUGCAUCACCACCUAUAAGAAGACUCCCCCGCCGGUGCCCCCCCGCACCACCACCUCCAAGCCCUUCAUCUCCAUCACAGCCCAGAGCAGCACCGAGUCUGCCCAGGACGUCUACAUGGACCAGGGGAGCAGGGACAGCCACCCGCGGGGAGACAUGACCCUCCAGUCAGGCCUUUCUAACUCUAGCGAGAGUAUCGACAGCAUGAAGGCCCUAACGGCGGCCAUCGAGGCUGCCAACGCUCAGGUCCAUGGCCCCGCCAGUCAGCAUGUCUCCAACAGCAGCAUCACCAGCACCUCUGGCCUGCCCCAGAUCAAUGAGGACGGCAGGAAGGAGCAGGGCAGGAGGACCAAGUGCCAGCUGUCCAUUGGCAUCCAGGUGGAUGGGCCAGAAGAGGAAGGUCUGGAGAUGGAGGACCAGUCCAAGUUCCAAUCUAUUGGGGUUCAGGUGGAGGAUGAGAGGGGGUACCGGCGGUUCACCCGUUCCAACAGUGUGACCGCAGCAGUACAGGCAGAUUUGGACCUCCCAGACAUGUUGGACAGCCCCCUGGACUCCCCGGAGACGGACCUACCAUCCUCAGGCUCCGUGUCCCGCCAGUACUCCCGCGAUGCCGCCACCUCACCAGCGUCGGCCUCCACCGUCAGCAUCCAAGGCUCGGGGAACCACUACCACGCCUGUGCCUCAGACGACUACGACAACGUCGGCUUUGACCCGUCCAUCCUGCCCCCGCCUGACCCCUGGAUUGACAGCGUGACCGAAGAUCCCCUGGACGUGGUGCAGAGGUCCGUGUGCCAAAGGGAUGGCCGCUGGUUCCUCAAGCUGCUGCAGGCUGAGACAGACCGCAUGGAGGGCUGGUGCCGACAGAUGGAGCAGGACGAACAGGAGAACGACCUGCCAGAUGACAUCUUGGGGAAAAUCAGGCUUGCUGUGGGAAGUGCCCAGCUGCUGAUGUCACAGAAGUUCCAGCAGUUCCGGGAGCUCUGUGAGGAGAACCUGAUCUGGGAUCAGAACCCCAACGCCCACCUGCGGCCCAUCUCUCAGGACCUGGCUGGUUUCUGGGACAUGCUCCAGCUGUCUAUCGAGAACAUCAGCCUAAAGUUUGAUGAGCUGCACCAGCUUAGGGCCAAUAACUGGAGGCCCUUGGACCCCCCAGAGAGAAAGGAGAAACGGAUCCCCCCUCCUGUGCCAAAGAAACCCCCUAAAGGUCACCCUCCCCUGGCCCGUGACAGGUCCCUGGAGAGCUCAGAGAAACAGCGGCUGGACGCGCGCAAGCGAUUGAUGGCCGCCAAGCGGGCUGCUUCGGUGCGCCAGAACUCGGCCACUGAGAGCGCAGACAGCAUCGAGAUCUAUAUCCCAGAGGCUCAGACCAGGCUAUGAGCCCCACGGCUGGCACAUCUUCACGGAAACACACACGCACAUACACCCUGGUUCACACAAACAGAUGCACUUACAUCUCACACACAAAGGUAAACACACACGGAAGCUUUGAAGGCCAUGGCUCCUGUGGCCACACAAACCUACUACUGAUAACUGAGCCAGAGACAAAAUAGAGUAAAAGUAUACUUAAGUGUUUUAUAUCCACUGUAGUGGUACUUUAGUAUAUGAUAUAGUAUUUUAAAUAGAUUCAAUUACUAUUUAAACAGUAAUAGGUACACUUAAUGGGAGUUUUUCUUUAGCAUGUUAGACCUCAUUUUAAUACUUGGAGUGUUAAUUGUUUUGGUUGAAGUUCCAUUUCUGAGGUUUAUUAUUUUCUAGUUGCGUGCACGAGCCAUAUACCACAGUUGCCGGAUACAACCAAAUAAAUUAUUCGAAACAUCCUGACAAUAAACUACACAACCAGCUGAUUUACUUGAGGUCUAUAAAUGCAAAAAACACUUCCCUAUUAUCAUCAUGUGUGCCACUCUAACCGUUUCUUCCUGCUUUGUCUCAGAACUAAUUUCUAAAUCUGCACACUGCGAGUCUCACAUAGCCACGUACACCUCCAAAAUCCCACCCAGUCUGGUUCUCAAGGCUAGUGUAUUGAGGCCACUUUCUAGGGCUACAGUGUUUAAUCCAUAUUUUAGUAUGCAAAGACACGCAGCCUGUAUGUCCGCUCAGUUUUGUCAGUAGGCGGAACCACACCGAAUCUAACACAGCUGAAGUAGCUAAUACGUUGUCUUCAAAUGCACAACUGGUAAAAAUGUUUGCAGAAAAAAUACUAAAUCUAAUUUUUUAAGGCCCCCAAAGGCAUUUUCCAGAAAGGACAAAGGUGCCCUAGAAUGUACCUGAGGCUGAUGUUUAAGAAACUCUGCCCAUGUUAAAGCAACACCAAGUGGAGACUGUUCAGAAGAUGUUUUGGGGUGAGUCUGACCACUGAAAUAGAUGGGUUGUGCAUGCGACUAGACAGCCACUGGAUGUUAGUGGAAAAUGAGGUCCAACAGUCUAAAAACUUAAAUAACCUGUUAACUGUUAAAAUGAGUUAGAAUGGACCCAUGUAUUAAUUACUUCACUAUACAUGUAAUAUAUGAUUGGA